AUGCUAUCAAAGCGCCUCCUUCACCCUCCUCACUCCACCUUCUCCAUUCCCACCACUCUUCAACCCUUUCACUUUUCUUCAUCAUCUUCCUCAACCCCCCAACCUAACAACCCCAAUCACCCUUAUUCCCUUUCAGACUCCCUCUCUCACUUCCACCUUUCUCUCAAACAAUACCCCAAUUCACCACCCUCUUAUUCAUCCUGCAACACUCUCAUAACCGACCUCCGUAAAACAAAACAAUACAACCUUCUAAUCUCCGUUCACUCUAAAAUGGUCAGUGUUUCCGUUUUCCCAUGUUUCACUUCUUUAUCCGCUUUAAUUGAAAGUUUUGUCAAUACCCAGAAACCAGAUUUCGCUCUUGGUGUUUUAGCCUUGAUCAUAAAGCGUGGCUUUCAUGUUAAUGUCUAUAACAUGAACCUUUUGUUAAAGGGCUUUUGUCAAACAGGUGGUAGUCAUGGUAGUCAUUGUGAUAAGGCUCUGGAUUUGUUUUGUAUGAUGAAAAGGAACUGUGUUUUGCCGGAUAGCGUUAGUUAUAAUACUGUUAUUAAUGGGCUUUGUAAAGAUAAGAGAUUGGUUGAAGCUAGGGAGUUGUUUGAGGAGAUGAAGAUUGUGGAUUAUAAUUGUAAACCGAAUUUGGUUACGUUUAGUUGUUUGAUUAACGGGUUUUGUAAGAAUGGGGAUGUUGAGGAGAGUUUUGGUUUGUUGGAGGAGAUGGAGAAGAUGGGUUUGGCGGCUGAUGUUUUUGUGUAUAGUGAUUUCAUUAAUGCCUUUUGUGAGAAAGGUGAUGUUGAGAGGGGGAAGGAAGUUUUUAAUGAGAUGUUGAGGAAGAAUGUUGCUCCGAAUGUUGUUACUUAUAGUUGUUUGAUGCAUGCUCUUUGUAAGAAAAAGAGGUGGGAGGAAGCUUCCAGAAUGUUGCAUGAUAUGACGGAUUCUAAGAUUCGUCCUGAUGUUGUUGCGUAUACGGUUUUGGCUGAUGGGCUUUGUAGAAACGGGAGGGCGUCUGAUGCGGUUAAAGUGUUGGAUUUGAUGGUUCAAAAGGGAGAAGAGCCGAGUAAUGUAACGUAUAAUGCUGUCAUUAAUGGACUUUGUAAGAAAGGACGGGUUGAUGAUGCACUUGGGAUUUUGGAAACUAUGGCGAAGAAGGGGAAGAAACCUGAUGUGGUUACCUACAACACGUUAUUGAAAGGAUUGUGUGGUGUUGGAAAAAUUGAUGAGGCAAUGGACCUUUUGAACGUAUUAUUAAGCAAGGAGUUUCAUAUAAAGCCUGAUGUCUUCGCGUUUAAUUUGGUAAUUCAAGGACUUUGCAAAGAACAGCGUCUUCAUGAUGCCAAAAGGGUUUAUUCUACAAUGGUUGAAAGAGGGUUACAAGGUAACAUAGUUACUUAUAAUAGUUUGAUUGACGGUUAUCUAAGUGCUGGAAAGCUUACCAAGGCAUUAGAAUUAUGGAAACAUGCAGUAGACUUGGGAAUUUCCCCCAACUCAAUGACCUAUACUGUCUUCAUUAAUGGUCUUUGCAAAAUGCAAAUGCUAAGCAUUGCAAAAGGACUUUUCAAUAAAAAAAGAGCUUCUGGAACUACACCGACAGUAAGUGAAUACAAUACACUAAUGGCAUCUUUAUGCAAAGAAAGUAGUUUGGAGCAGGCUAGGAGUUUAUUUCAAGAAAUGAAAAAUGUGAAUCACGAUGUUGAUGUUGAUGUUGUUUCGUUUAAUAUAAUAAUUGAUGGAACCCUUAAAGCGGGAGAUGUUAAAUCUGCCAAGGAAUUGCUAUUAGAGAUGCUUGACAUGGAUUUGGUCCCAGACAAUAUUACAUUUUCUACGUUAAUUAACAGGUUCUUAAAACUCGGGAAGUUGGAGGAGGCCACAUUGCUUUACGACAAAAUGGUCUCCUGUGGUCAUGUACCAGAUGCUGUGCUAUUUGAUUCUUUGCUAAAGGGCUACAGUAUAAAGGGAAAGACUGAAAAGGUUAUUUCCAUGCUUCAAGAAAUGGCAGAUAAAGAUGUUAUUCUGGACUCCAAAUUAACUUCUACCAUCUUAGGUUGUCUUUGUAACAUGCCAAAAGAUAUUGAUAUAAAGAAGAUACUUCCAAAAUUUUCACAACCUUCAUCCUUAGGAGAUAGCGUUAAAUGUAAUGAACUUUUGAUGAAGCUGAAUAAGGUUCAUCCAGAGCUUCAAUUAUUUCUUGCGUGA